CUAGAUACAUUAACCACAAGUGAGACGGCGGUUGCACGAUGGUUUCGUUCGAGAGCGACGACACUGGGGCGUGGGACUUGGCCAGCGUCGUGGCCUACGUCGCCGACGACGUCGCGGUCGUCAACCGCCGGGAUAGCAGCUCUGGCCGAUCCUUGCUGCACGAAGCUUGCGUCCACGGCCAAAAGCAUGUGGUUGUGCACUUACUCCAGCACACUUCGUGCGACCUCCACAGCACCACGAUGCUCGGCCGUGCGACGCCCCUGCACUUGGCUGUCCACGCCGCGCACCGCAGCCUCGUGUUUUGGCUCCUCAGCUACGGCGCUGACGCAACGGCCAAGGACCGGUUCGGGUCGACGCCGCUGCACUACUGCACCAAACGCACGAUCGCUCAGCACUUGGUUCAAUUUGGCGCCCGGUGCCUGACCUCCAACCUCCGGCGCCAGACGGCUGCGUUGGCCAUCAAGACCAACGUCGACGCCGAGGCGGACCUCCAAGAGUACAUUGCAGUCGUCGCAGUACAAGAAGCCGAGGCUCGAAAAGCAGCGUUGCGUGCCGAGAAGCGUCCGAAGAAGCGCUAACAAUUAUGGCUCAGCCAUUGGCA